CGUCGUCGAUUUCGAAUGAGAAGGGAGUUAUUCCUUCGCAUUGUUCAUGCGUUGGAAAACCACUCAGAUGAAUUCAAAUUGAGGCGAGAUGCAACUGGAAGAACCGGCUUAUCACCACUCCAAAAGUGCACGACAGCUAUCCGUCAAUUGGCAUAUGGGUGUCCAGGUGAUUCACUCGAUGAAUAUAUACGAAUGGGCGACAGAACUGUCUCGAGUUGUCUAGCCAAUUUUUGUAAGUGUGUCAUUGAGGUAUUUGGAGCUCAAUACUUGAGAAGUCCCAAUCAAGAUGACAUUCAACGCUUGCUUCAACUUCAUGAGCAAAGGCAUGGAUUCCCUGGAAUGUUGGGGAGUCUCGACUACAUGCAUUGGGAAUGGAAGAAUUGUCCCGUCGCUUGGAAAGGCCAAUAUACUCGAGGAGACUAUGGUGUCCCGAUUGUCAUUUUUGAAGCUGUGGCGUCUGCAGACUUGUGGAUAUGGCAUGCAUUUUUUGGGCAAGCAAGAUCCAAUAAUGAUAUAAAUGUUCUUCAUGGCUCAUCCUUGUUCAAUGCUGUUUUGCAGGGAAAUUCCCCACAAGUUCAGUUCACAGUGAAUGGUACGUCAUAUAAUUUUGGAUAUUAUUUAACAGAUGGCAUUUAUCCCGAAUGGGCUUCAUUUGUUAAGAGUUUUCCAUGCCCUAUGGAUCCAAAAAGAGUUAAAUUCAAAGAAAGGCAAGAAGCUGCAAGAAAUGAUGUGGAGCGCGCGUUUGGAGUGCUCCAAUCUCGAUGGACAAUAAUUAGAAAUCCUGCCCGUUCCUAUCACAUCCAUGACAUGAGAAAAAUUAUGCUCACAUGUAUUAUCUUACACAACAUGAUUAUUGAGGAUGAGGGAGACAAAGCAAUCGCCUGGUUUGACGGAGACACGUCUCAUUCGGCAACAAUAGUCAUGGGUUCUAGCCAAGAAUUUCAAGCAUAUCUUAGUAAAUUACAACAAGUUACGAGAUCGGGCAACACAUCACCAACUUAG